AUGUCAACUAGUAAUCCUGCCUCAAGUCCGAUUGAAGUUAAUGUGAAGCUGGAGAAAGAGGAAGAUAGUGAAUAUGCAGAUGAAACUUUGUUCGAGCAGAUAGUUGGUUCUUUAAGGUAUCUAUGCAAUGCCAGACCUAACAUUUGCUAUAGUGUUGGAGUGGUUAGUAGAUACAUGUGCAAUCCUAAGAAGAUUCACAUGCUUGCUGCCAAGAGGAUUUUGAGGUACUUCCAAAGAACUAUGGAUUAUGGCUUACUGUUUCCAUUUGGAAAGAAUACUAUGAAAACUGAGAUGGUUUUGACCGGAUAUGAUGAUUCAAAUUAUUGUGGAGAUUUGGAUGAUAGAAAGAGUAAAUCGAGGUGCUUGUUUUUGCUCAAUGGAGCUCCUAUCUCAUGGUGUUCCAAGAGGUCUUCCAACCACAAAGCCUGCUAG